ACUUUUGAAGCCGUAGCUCACUGGUGCAGUUAGCACCUGAAGGCACAGGGGCAAUGGCCACUGGAGGAUCUGCCCAGCUGUGCCUAGCAUUACUGCUCAUAUCUCUGGGUGUCAUGCUAACAGCCACUCAGAAAUCUGUAGUGUCCUUGGACCCACCGUGGAUUAGAAUAUUUACAGGAGAUAAAGUGACUCUUAUGUGCAAUGGGAACAAUUCCUCUCAAAUGAACUCUACUAAAUGGAUCCACAAUGAUAGCAUCUCUAAUGUGAAAUCAUCACAUUGGGUCAUUGUGAGUGCCACCAUUCAAGACAGUGGAAAAUACAUAUGUCAGAACCAAGGAUUUUAUAAGAGCAAACCUGUGUACUUGAACGUGAUGCAAGAGUGGCUGCUGCUCCAAUCUUCUGCUGACGUGGUCUUAGACAAUGGAUCCUUUGACAUCAGAUGCCGUAGCUGGAAGAAGUGGAAAGUCCACAAGGUGAUCUACUACAAGGACGACAUUGCUUUCAAAUACUCUUACGACAGCAACAACAUCUCCAUUAGAAAGGCCACAUUUAAUGACAGUGGCAGCUACCACUGCACAGGCUAUUUGAACAAGGUUGAAUGUAAAUCUGAUAAAUUCAGUAUUGCUGUAGUAAAAGAUUACACAACUGAGUAUCGUUGGCUACAACUCAUUUUCCCAUCAUUGGCAAUGAUUCUGUUUGCUGUGGACACGGGGUUAUGGUUCUCAACCCACAAACAGUUCGAAUCCAUCUUGAAGAUUCAGAAGACUGGAAAAGGCAAAAAAAAGGUUGAAACCUAAUUCUUAACCUAGGUAUAUAAAGGAACUAAUGUCAUCGCCGAAGAGACAAUUUUUAACAAUUAUUUCCCACAGUAUCUUCAAUAGCCUUUCAACUGUCAAAGGACACUCAUGUUAUCCAUAGAAAUGUCUGUACCCCAGGAAUUGCAUAAAUGCUUCAUUAAACCAACAGCAGCUGAUUAAGUGACAUGCAAUAAAUAGCAAAUACUCAAUAAACACUGGUUUAAGAAGUUAAAGAAUGAGCUGAUUGCUUUGUCUAUAUCUGUAAAAGAGAAGUACAAUUUGAAUAAAGUAAGUAUGGAAUCAUGUAGAAUGGUA